UAUGUGUCUGCAACCGCCACCAUUUUCUAAUUUUUAUGUUGCCAUGAGCUUGCUCGAGUCAUGCGUUUUUCCACAAAUGCCAGCGUCAUUUAUUUGUUAAAUUUGUUUUUGAAGAUAGUAGAAAUAUGCUUUUAAAUAUGUUAACUGAGCCUUCAAGCUUCAUUCUGGUCAGUUUUGGGUGAGUAGUUCAACUGUUGCUAGUCCCAACACAGCAAACAAUGCUGUGCAAACCAUUUUUGUGUAUGAAAUUAUUUGUAAGGCAUUUAGCUCGUUUUACAUUCCAAUCGGUAAUUUUUUUUGUUACAUAAAUAAUCUCUGUUGAUUAGAUACAAAUAAUGUAGGAAAUGUGUUUUUAUAGACGAUUAACUAAAAAUGCACUUGCAAAUGCAGACGUUUUCUUAAUUUAAUGCUGCAGCCUCGUCAUGUGUGUUGGUAACAUUCAUGUGUGCUUAGCUCUGUUCUGAGGUUCGCUUAUCUAUUAAAUGUUGAAAUGAUAGAUUUCUGCAAUCUGCAUUGCUCUUUCCUUUGGUUAAUUAAGCUUUAUUGUGAAGUUUAAGGUGAGUAAUGGAAUGUUAAGAAAGAAUGGCCGAUAAACAGCAUUUAUGUAAACUAACAAAAUGAUUAUCAAUAACGUUAAAACGUGAAAUACGCUCAGUAGUUUUACCUAAUUACCUAUUAACAACCUUCACCCUAACAACAACAAUCUCUAUCAUAAGCAACCAACCAUUUUUGAGACUGCAAGUGCAACCUGCAUAAAAGCAAAUUUAGUUUUUUCUCUGCUUUAUAUGCAUUAAUGUCUAUGCGGCGCGAACCCUAUUUAACAUUGUAACCUAUCGCUCGAAAGUUUGGGAUCAGUAAAACGUGCAAUUUUUUUUUUUAGUCUCUCAUCAAGGCUGCAUUUAUUUGAUGAAAAAUACAGAAAAAUAAUACUGACAAAAAACAAACCGUUCUUGCGCGGCACAAGCCAUUGAAAUUUUUGGGUUUUAUAGGGCAGCACAGCCCAUUCCGCAUCCUGUGUGGAAGUGUAGCACCUGCAUGAUUGUGGCGUGUGAAAUCAGAUCAGCACGAAUGCAUUAAAAGCUUGUGUUAAAAUUGGGCCAUCACAAACAUAUUAAAUGAAAACUUACCACUGACAGAAACAGUGGGUUCUCGUGCCUGUUCUUUUGCAUUUAAUGUCUUUAAUACAAGCAAUCCUGCGGGUCCUAAACUAGAAGUGGUGAUGAGGUCUAAAACUGUAUGGAAAGAGUCUUAAAAAGUUAUUAAAUUUAACUUUAUGAUUCCUGUAUAUACCCUGAAAAGGUAUUUUUUUUGUAACUUGAAUGUAAGUUAAUUGCAAUAGUAUGUAAUAUAAAGCACUCUAAAGACUUUUUGACCAGGCCUCAUGAGUUGACGUGGAAUACUUUACAAUGCAAUUUAAAUAAUUAGAUGUCCAUAUAAUUUGGUAGUACAAUGUAAAGCAUUGCACAUUUUAUUGUUGCAAACUGCAGAGAUAGGUUCUAUAUUUUGUAAAACAUUUGCAACUGCUUUUUAUCACAAUAAUCACAUAAUUGAUAUUUGAUAUUUUUUUAAAAAAUUUUUUUUAGAUUAUUACAUUGGCCUUGAUGCAUCGGGUCGAGAUCGGGUACAUUUCCAAUUAGAACCGAACUGUCCUACAAUGAUGCGAUCAAGACUUUAAAAGAGCAGGAAACUUUAGCAGUUGAUGGAGUAAAGAGUGAAUGUGCCUUAAAUGAACUGAGCUACUUCCACUGUAUUACUGGCUUUCCUCUGGACUUUUUGCACGAUUUAUUGGAAGGAAUUGUACCUGUGGAACUUGGUUUGUGUUUAAAGACGCUGAUUGGCAGGAAAUACUUUACAUUUGAGGAACUGAAUACUGCGAUCCAGAAUUUUCCCUACAGAUUUUUUGACAAUAAAAAUAGGCCACAGAAAAUCCCUAAGACCUUUACUGUUAAUGGUACAAUUAGAGGGAAUGGACACGAGAAUUGACUGUUGCCUCUACUAAUUGGAGAUAAAAUCCCUGAGAAUGACUGUGUAUGGUCUGUAAUUUUAGAGUUAAAAGAUAUUGUUGAAGUUCUUGCAUCAUCUGUAUUUACUGAAGAAAAACUUUGCUACCUUGAGGCCAAAAUCCACGAGCACAGACAACUUCUGUGGGAGGUUUUUCCAGAGUUUAAACUGAGACCUAAGCAUCAUUUUUUCGAACAUUAUCCGUAUCUCAUUCGCUGUUUUGGACCUCCGCUUGACUUCUGGACCAUAAGGUUUGAAGCAAAGCAUAGUUUUUUCAAGAAGGUUGUAAAUAACUUCAAAAACAUUCUACAUACUGUACAUUAGCUUGCCAUCAUCAGCUUAUGCUGGCUUAUUACAUGGACUCACCCGCUUUGUUUAAGCCAGCAGUUGAAGCGAAGAAAAUUUCAGUGGUGGCUCUUGACUGUUUGGAUUCCUCUGUCAAAAGUACCAUCAAGAGUCAAUUCAGUAGUGUGAUGACUGUGUGUCUUGCUACAAAUGCUACAAUUCAUGGAACAAAGUACACCAGAGGGAUGUUUCUAUCAGCUGGGAGCACAAGUGGACUUCCUGACUUCGGUAAAAUAGUCAAUUGUAUUGAUUGUUGAGAACAAGCCAUAUUUCAUCAUUGAGCCUUACACAUCUUGGUACAUAGAACAUCUCGGAUGUUAUGAACUCUGCAAGAACCACCUAGAAAAACAACGUGCUGUCCAGCCAGAGGAUCUAAAUCAUUAUUCUCCCCUAUCUGCAUACAUGGUGAGAGGCAGGUGCCUCCUCUCUCCAAAAGCAUUUCUUCUUAAGUGAAGUGAGUUAACUGGAUAGGUGAGGUUUAUUUGUUUGUAUAUAACUGUGGUUUGUUGAGCAGUAUUUUUAUUCACAUGUGAUUACUCUAAUGCUUUUGUUAUUUGCAGACUUACACCUCCGAGCUUCCUGUUUCUGUGUCCAGAUUAAGAGGCUCCGGUUCAUUGGAGAGAUCUGGAGGAUCAUAAUGCUGUUUAGGAUCAUACUUGGCGAGAAUGACAUUCGGAAAAUCCAUGCCGAUUGUUUACCAGAAACUCUUGAUGAUUUCUUUGCAUUUUUGAAAUGCAAGCUUGCAGUAGAUGGAAGCUUUGUGGUUCAAUUCCAGGAUCUGGAUUUUAACAAUGAAUUCUGUAAUUUGACAAACUUAGCAGAGCUUCCCAAAGAAAAGGCCACAUUAAAAGUAAUUGUUCAACCAACACUGGAGUCGAAUAACACGGAUCCUACGAUAGAUGUGGGAAGUUCAAGCACUGCAUCAUCCCUGGAUAAUCCCACAAGUGGUGGUCGACGCUCUUUGCCAUGUCCAUUUCCUAUCCCCAAAUUUACGUAUGACGUAGAGUUACAACUGAGACGUGGAAAUGAGGCAUAUCACAACAAUGGAAAUUUAUUGGACAUAAGCAAGGACACAAAAUCGGAAAUUCUUGAGAAAUUAGCAGAAGCAAUAUAUGCCUUCACCCCAUACCCACAGCGUGACGAUUUUGACAAUGUUGCACAAAGUCUUAUUAACAAGCAUCCGUGUCUUAAGGAACCUGGGUCUGAGAAAGGAUGGUACUGUUGGAAGUAUAGUCUAAAAUUUAAAAUGGGCAACUAUCGCAGCAAGCUCCGGGCAGCGGGAUGUGCUGAACUGCAAGUUAAUCGUCACUCUGCUUCCUCAGAUUUGGGGACUAAACGAAAACUGAAGAAAGCAAACAAGGCUGAAACCAAUUUCCUUCCUGAUCUGCCACAAGAUAAAAGUCCAGCAAUGCUUGAGAAGGAGAGAGAGUCCAUGGUGGUGGAAAUGAAGAAGAGAAAGGUGGACUGGAAUAAAAUGUGCAUGAUGAUGGCAAACACAUUUUCAGUGCGAAGGAAAGAAAUUGUUGAAAACGAGCCGCUUGUGAAAGAGAUUGAAGCAGAGUUUACUCGCCUGACUUCUAAGGACCUCAUGAACGCCUUUCUGUCAGGUUUGGACCAGUAUGUUCCCAGAUUCCUUCAGAUGUUUAAAGCAAAGAUGAGCAGCAUUUCACAAUUGGAAAGUCUUCUCAGCAAGGUUGACAGUGAUAAUUCCGUCAAUGAAAAGGGCCAUUGUUCUUCAGGGCCUUCCACAUUACCUCAGCGAGGAUCCUUCAGAUUUCUUCAAGUCAGCAGAGGAAACCGACAUUGAAGACCGAGUGACUGCAGGAAUGGAUGUGGGCAUUCUCAUAAUGCCUGAAGGAGAUGAUGCCUUUGACUACUCAGUGGUGCUGGAGGAAGAGAUUGUCCUGAGAGAUGUGAAAGAGCUUCCUCAUGCUGUAGCUCUACUAGUUGGGCUGAUUUUUACGCUUAAUAUUGAUUACCCCAAAAAACUACGCUACACAUUUGAGGUGAUUCAAAAGAUUUUCAUUGACCUUGGAGGUGAUCAGUGUUCGGUAAAGGUGCAUGGACUGAAAAAUAGACUCCGCAAAACAGUAGUGUCCUAAGCGAAAACAGUGACACUUUUAUACUGUUUAUACAGUAUUGUUCAUGGAGUACGUUCUUCAGUUUCCUUAGUUUUUAUGCAGUAUUGUUUGAUUUUGGACAUUUGACUUUUUACACAGUGUUGUUCAUUGCAAAGUUUUUAAUGCAGUAUUUAAUGCUGUACGUUACUGUUUUAGACGGUAUUGUUUUUCAUAGAGUACAUAAUCGUUCAUGCAGUACAUUGCUCUGUAUUUUAUGCAUGUUUAUGCAGUACAUCACUGGUUCAUGCAGUGAAUUACUCUAUUUUAUGCAGUAUUAUGUAUUACAUCACUGUAUGCUUCAUAGAGUACAUAUCUUUGUUCAUGCAGUACAUUUACUCUUAUUUUCUGCAGUAUUGUUUGUAUUACAUCACUGUAUGUUUCAUACAGUACAUUAUCUUUGUUCAUGCAGUACAUUACUCUGUAUUUUAUGCAUGUUUAUGCAGUACAUCACUCCUUCAUGCAGUACAUUACUCUGUAUUUUAUGCAGUAUUGUUUAUGCAGUAAAUUGUAUGUUUUAUACAGUAUUGUUUAUGCAGUACAUCACUGUAUG